ACCUUCACCCCCAAGCUUUGUUUCUCUCUCAUUCUGUUCUUUCUCUUUCUCUCUCAAAAUAUCAAACAUGUUUCUUCAGAUUUUUCAAUUCACUCCUCAUUUUCCAAUUAAAGGUUAUUCUGAAUUUCUGAUACCUGAAUGGAAGUGAAUAGCCAAAAUAGGUGGAGUUCCUGAGAUUAUAAAUCUAGUUCUGUAUAUUAGUACUGGGGCAUGAUGGGAGUUGAAACAGUGACGGAGUCGUUUUUCAAUUUGUGGAGAUCAACUUCUCGGAAGAGCUCUGCUUCAGAGCCCGAGAGGAAGCAUGUGAUAGGAAUUCUUGCAUUGGAAAUCGCGACUUUGAUGUCUAAGGUGGUUAACUUGUGGCAGUGUCUCAGUGAAAGGCGAAUCGACAAGUUAAGAGAAGAAAUCUCGAGUUCACUUGGGAUUCAAAAGCUUGUUGCUGAAGACGACGAAUAUCUUAUGGAUCUUGCUAUUGCGGAAAUAAUCGACAAUUUGGGAUGUCUGACGAAAUCAUUGGCUACGCUCGGUAAGAGGUGUGCUGAUCCAGUUUAUCACGAUCUUGAACGGAUUUUUGAAGAUCCGGUUGAAAUUGAAAUCAACGGGUGUGCGUGGAGAUAUAGGAUUAAGAAAAUGGAGCGGAAGGUUAAGAAAAUGGAGAGAUUUGUUGCAGCCACGACUCAAUUGUAUUCGGAGCUCGAAGUGCUCGCAGAGCUCGAGCAAACGUUGAGGCGGAUGCAGGCCGGUGCUAGUUCCGGUCAGAUGAAAUUGCUCGAGUUUAGGCAAAAGGUAAUAUGGCAACGGGAAGAAGUAAAAAAUCUCAGAGAAAUGUCUCCUUGGGUUAGAACAUAUGACUAUACUGUUCGGCUUUUGCUACGAUCUAUUUUCACAAUAAUCAUGAGGAUUAAGUACCUAUUCGGGACAAAUCAAACGGGAGUUGCCGGAGAAAGCAACCAUUUUGAUCGCAGCCGGUCCAUCUCUGCGCUUAAUCUGUCGUCUGUUUAUCCAUCAGAAAAUAACGCGUCAGAAUCUUAUUUAGGCUCUCUAGGAAGGUCAUUUUCGAGCCUCGGGCUAAGUGGAGGAAAUAAAGAUAGACCGAGUAAUAGAAAAUCUCUCACUCGGCAAUCAACUGUCUUUUGCGGAAAGCCACCACAAGUGAGAUCCAGGCGGUUUGCUAAUGUUGGACCGUUUAAAGGAUGCAUAAAUAGCGGAACCGAUUCACCCGUUCUUGAGGGUUGUAUGCCUUCCAACAGCGACCUCUCAAAGUCGGAUGACAGUUUCCAAAAAGAUACUGACAGUGGCGAAGUUUUGACUAAAGCUUCUCUUUUCAAUUUCAAGCGUAAGUUGUUAAUCGCUCCUCAAGAUACUCUUGGUUAUGCUGCUUUGACACUUAAGUACGCAAACAUCAUCAUACUUAUAGAGAAACUGGGCUCGGCUCCACACUUGAUAAGUCUCGAUGCAAGAGAUGACCUAUAUAACAUGCUGCCUGCUAGUAUCAGAAACUCGCUGAGGUUGAGGUUAAAGGUAUUCGCCAAAUCAGUGACGUCGUCUAUUUACGAUAAUGCCCUUGCAUCUGAAUGGAGUUUGGCACUCGGAAGGAUAUUGGAGUGGUUGUCUCCACUCGCUCAUAACACGAUAAGGUGGCAUUCUGAACGGAACUUUGAGAAACAGCGACUGGUUUAUGGGGCUAACGUGCUUCUCGUGCAAACCCUCUACUUUGCGAACCAAGCAAGAACAGAAGCAGCGGUCAUAGAACUUCUCAUGGGUUUGAAUUACCUUUCAAGAUUCGGAAGAGAAGUUAGUGCAAAACCGUUAAUGGAGACAUCUUGUGGUAGAGCUAGUAGUGAGUAUUUUCUCCACAAGGAUAAUAACCCGAGCACGUACCACAUGUAUCAUGAUUAAUAUACACCUAAAUGACUAAUCAGAAUCACUUAAAGAUGAGUUUGUUGUUUGCUUGAUUUGAGUUUGUAGUGAGGUUUUGUAUAUUCUUUGUUUGUUCCUGCUGCUUAAGAUACCCUUUAGAUAACCCCAAACUGUUCAUUCCUCGUGUUGGCAUAAGCCGUUCUAUUGAUUUAUAUAUACUCCAGAACUUUGUUAUUUGACACAUUAAUGCAAGUUCUUAGCCACUUUGUCUUGGA